AUGUUGGGCUCUAAGAGUUUUCAGAACGGCUGGGCCAAGCUGUUGGCCUGGCUGUUCUUCCUGCUUGCUGCUUCUCAGCUCUGCAUCGCGGCACCUUACACUACUGAGCUUGCUGUUCGCGAUGGUCAACAUCUCUACGCCAGGGUCAUGACUCCUGAGCUAGAAGCCUACGAGAAGAAGCUCGACGAAAGCAAGAAAGCUGACACAUACGUCGAACAAGAUCAGACCAAGUUUGUAGACUUCACUGCUGCUGGUAAUCACGUUGUUGGAAGCUCAUCAUUCGCUGGCUGCUUCGGUGUCAUCCUUGCGACCAAGCAAGGUGCCAUUGUCGCCCAUUACAACCUUGACCAAAAGGGCUUAGACACAGCCAAGAAGAGAAUUACCGACGAAUACAACGACCACAACGAUAAGGUUGGAGGCGCUGAGGCCCACCUUUACUCUGCCAUAACCUAUGCAACUGGGGCGCUUGUUGAGGAAAAUCUGUACAACGAGUACAAGGAGUUUCUCACAGGUCUUGUUGGAAAAGAGCCAAAGGACCACCACUACACUGAGGCUCUUGAGACUCUUUCCGACGAAGAUCUUGAAAACGAGAACUGGGAUGAGAAUGCAGUGAGCGGUGGUUUCGUCGUGGAGAAUCCUGGUGGUGGCGGUGCUGAUACCAAUCUCUUCUUCAUUACCAUUGAACGACAGAGAGUCAGUGCUCAGGGGCCUGGUAAGUGA